GAGAGGCUCCUUUGUAUUAAAUGGAGGCGCCCGAGCAGCAGGCGCGGACAUAAGCAUCGGGAGCAACUACUCUGUGAAAGAGGGGUGCGUCACGUACUAGCAAAUACAGUAAGCCCUCCUGAAGUGUUUUUGACAGUCUGGGCCAGUCAAGCCGGCAGGGCCGAGUUCCUGUUCCAGGCGUGGCUCCUGGCAGGCAGCCUCCGCCGCCCGUUACAAGCAGCAAGAUUGCAACGGCAGCAGUGGAGAGGCCCCGGCGGCUGCAAGAACAAUUCUCCAGGUGCCGAAGGAAGACGUUUUGCAGCCUCUGCAAGCCGCAGAAUGUUGUCCCACAGAUGGUUUACGUUAAGUAAGGCCUAUCCUAUCCUGACUAGAAUGUUGACUUCAUCCACCAGUGGCUCCCAGUCUAUUCAACAUAUGGAAGAAGGGCAUUUACCCAUUCAUGUGAAUAAUGUGCGAAGCAGAUUACGAGAGAUAGUGGGCGCAAGUACCAAUUGGAGAGACCAUGUGCAAGCAAUGGAUGAAAGAAAAAGCUUACAUACACUCCUUGCUAAAAACCAAGCUGACCUGCCCUCUAGGAAAAUGAGUGACAGCUAUAUAGAAGUUAUCCUGCCUUUAGGAAGUCAGCCUGAAAUAAGAGAGAAAUAUCUGAAUGUGCACAACUCUGUCAGGUUUGGCCGAAUUCUUGAAGAUCUUGACAGCUUAGGAGUUCUCAUUUGUUAUACUCACACAAAACAAGAAAGCACUCAGAGAUCUCCUUUAUCAAUCGUUACAGCGCUUGUGGAUAAAAUUGGGUUAUGGAAACAACACAUUCAUCCAGAUCGUGAUAUCAAGUUCACUGGAAAUGUUUCAUGGGUAGGAAGGACCUCAAUGGAAGUGAAGAUGCACAUGCUUCAGUUACAUGAUGGUGUCUAUUGCCCGGUGCUGGAUGCAACUUUUGUCAUGGUGGCGCGUGAUCCAGAAAACAAAAGGCCAGCAUUUGUGAAUCCAUUGGUUCUAGAAACCCCAGAGGAAGAAAAGAUCUUCAAGGAAGGAGAAAUGAACAAGAUCAGAAGAGUUGAUUCCAGUCGAGCCUCCUUGCUAAAAAUGGCUCCUACUGCAGACGAAAGAAACAUUGUCCACGAUAUGUUUCUUAAAACGCUGGACUCAAGAACAGUGAGUUUUCAUAGUCGUGUGUUGCCACCCGACUCCAUGUGGAUGCAAGACACAGCACUUAAGGGUUUGGAGAUCUGUCAUCCUCAGGAACGUAACAUUUUCAACAGAAUCUUUGGGGGAUUUCUCAUGAGAAAGGCAUAUGAACUUGGAUGGGCUUGCGCCUACAACUAUGGAAACAUCAGACCUUAUGUGGUAGCUGUAGAUGAUAUUAUGUUUCAAAAACCAGUUGAGAUUGGAUCAUUAUUACUACUUUCUUCCCAGGUAUGUUAUACUGAAAAAAAUUACAUCCAAGUUCGGGUGCACAGUGAGGUUUAUGAUCCAGAUGCCAGAGUACAUCACACAACAAACGUCUUCCAUUUCACAUUUCUGUUAGAAAAGGCGAUACCAGAUAUUGUCCCCAAGACAUAUGGUGAAUCCAUGUUGUAUUUGGAUGGGAAGCGUCAUUUUGAUUCAGCUAUGAAAGAAAAUAGUGCAUAAUACCAGUACAGCACCGUACCAAAUGCUGCCUUUAGAAAGAGGCUUGCCUUGGAAGUUUCAGGCAACUGCUUAUCAGAGGGAGGCUGGAGAGCAUUUCUACUAUAAAAACAGUAUCAUGAAUGUAGAAAACAGUAUCAUGAAUGCAGAAAUACACCAAAGCGCAGAUUUCUGUUCAAAUAUUGUUCAUUGCUAUUUAUACAAAUACUUUUAGGUUAUUUGGGUAUUUCCUAUAUUUUGUGUAGUCCCUUUUUUAUGCAAAAAAUAAAAUAGUAUAAUGACCAUCAAAAGUCAUUGGCAAAAUGAACAAAGCUAGUUCUGUAAAGUUGAGGGUGAAGAGAAACAAAUAUUCAUUAUCCAAUCCUGUCCUGAUUUUUUCUUGUUUCUUUACGAUUGUGAGGUGGUGACCCAUAUACCAUUUGAACUCAUGUACGUUUACCCUUGACAUUUACUACCACUGACUUCGGGAUGCUUAAACUAACUUAAGUUCAUGUCUCCAUCAGAAAAGGAUUCAUCAUUUGCAUGAUGUGGAGGUCACAUCAGGCUCAUUAAGACCUUUACCCUGUCCACAUAGACCUAUAUAGCAUCUCACCCAUAUGGGGUGGUCACCCUGAGAAAAAAAAUAAAAGCUCUUCUUGGGGUAAAGGCCUUGGUGAUCCUGAUAGCACAUAUUUGUACAAAUCCCGUCUUGUGAUGGGACUGUUUCUGUUCAUCGUAUAGUAGAACCUAUUGUAAGUUGCUCUGUAGCUUUAGAAAAUAAAAGACAUGUAAGUUGCUGGCUGCUCUCCAGGCCAAAUCUCAAACCAUGCAAGUCAGAAAGUGUGGCAGUUUUUACAAGAAACUACUGCCAGGUACGACUGCCACAGGUUGCUUCUUGCAACUUGUGCAAAUUAAUCAAGAAUGUCUCAUGAAAUCAGUCUUUGAUACGCUUCCAGCAGAUAUUCAAAUGUUUUACUAAAUAAUGUGUAUGUUUUAAUAAAAAACAACUGUGUUACUGAAAAAA